AUGGCCAUUCAUGCAAUGGGCCAUCGACUUAGUGGGUCCUUUGCCACCGGCGCCGCCAAGAAAGAAAUGAUGAUCGUCGCCACCGACUACUUCACUAAAUGGAUCGAGGCCGAAGCUCUAUCCUCUACUAAAGUAGCCGAUGUAGAGCGAUUCAUCUGGAGAAACAUCAUCUGCCAAUUUGGCUGCCCACAGUCGCUGGUCACUGACAAUGGCUCACAGUUCAUUGGCAAGCAUAUCACCGUCUUCUUUGCGAAAUACAAGAUCAAACAACACAUGUCCACUCCGAGGUAUCCACAAGGAAAUGGGCAGGCCGAGGCAUCCAACAAAGUCAUAUUGGACUGCUUGAAGAAUAGGCUAGAAGGUGCCGAAGGGAAAUUGGUGGAUGAACUCCCCGGAGUACUAUGGGAUUAUCGCACCACCAAGCGAAGGUCGACUGGUGAAACCCUAUUCUCCCUCGCUUAUGGGACAGAAGCGAUCAUCCUUCCUCACAUCACAGUCCCCUCCAUAAGCCUCGAGGUGGGCAAUGUUGAUCAGAACUCCAAGCAAAUGAGGCUCAACCUUGACCUACUUGAGGGCGAAUGUGAGAAGACCAUUAUCCGAGUCGCCUCCUACCAGCAGCAAUUGAAGUCUUACUAUGACAGAAGAGCUAAGGUCAAACAAUUUCAACCAGGCGACCUCGUGCUAAGAAAGGCUUUCAUCACCGCACCAAGACAAGGGUCGAAAAAGAUGAAUCCCAACUGGGAAGGCCCUUAUGUGAUCAGCCGGUCUGAGGGCAGAGGAAUCUACACAUUGGACACCAUGGAUGGGAAGCAAAUACCACGACAAUUGAAUGUUCACCAUCUCCGAAAUUUCUCAUUCCAAAAUGUCUUAUCUGCCCACAAAACACAAACAGUUGUCCAUAAGCAGUGUCAUAAGGGAGACGCAAGGCGACGACCAGAGCGUCCUUCGGGAGACGCAGCCCAUAAAAAGCGUCCUAAGGGAGACGCAAGGUGCGCCAGGAAUUUCUUAAAAGGAGGUCUCCAUGCCUUAUGCGGGAAGUAUCCAAGUUCCUAUCCGUUUCCUAAGGGAAGCAGGAUAGACACGCAGUUGCCCAUAAGCAGCGUCCUAAGGGAGACGCAUGGUGCGCCAGGAAUUUCUUAA